GAUCCAGUUUCCUGCACUUGUAGUAAUACAAAAUGAAUUUAAUGCCUCCAAUUUAGCUAUAGAUUCUUUUGGUUCUGUGUAUACGUUUUUCCUAGGAGUAGGGUCAAUAGUUUUCGCUGCAUAUUCGGAUGAACUCGCAACAAGAAAGAAAGUAUUUAUCACUUCUUUUCUAGUAUUUAUUUUAGCAUCAGUGGUGUGCGCAAUUGCAACAAACAUUUGGUUGUUAGUAAUAAUGCGUGCCAUUCAAGCUUGUGGUAAUUCUGCUAUAUUGCCACUUUGUGCUGGAGUUAUAAGCGACAUUUACAAUCUGCUUGUGGAUUCAUUGCCCAAUAUCUUGGUUGGCAUUGGAUUUUUUGGAUUUUGGCAAUUUUUGAUAUUAUUCUUUCUUCCUGAAACUUUUAAUGCUGAUUCUUUAAAAUCCAAUCCAAUUUCAAAGUUUAAUCCAAUUUCUCCAUUAAAAUUAUUUAAAUAUCCAAAUAUCACUCUUGUUAUUUUAUAUAUAUAUAUAUCAACUUUAUUAAUUCAUAUUCAAAAUAUUAGUAUUCCUAUAAAUUUUUCUGCUCGCUAUAAUUUUACAACUUCAGAAAUUGGGCUAUUCUUUAUCGCACCUUGUUUUGGAUAUAUGCUUGGAAGUUUGUUAGGAGGAAAAUAUUCGGAUUAUUUAUCACAAAAAUUAUUAUCAAUAUCUGGCGAUUAUUGUCCCGAAGUAAGAAUAAAAGGCGCUUGGUUUGGCUCAUUAUUAAUUCCAAUAACUUGUUUCAUUUAUGGAUGGUUAUUAGAAAUUAAUUAUAAUAUUUACGUAUUGGGAAUCAUAUUAUUUUUAUGUGAGUUCAAUUUUAAUAUUAUUUAA